AGACGACGAAAUCUGCAAAGUUUUGGCAGCAGCGUUGAAGAAAAACAAGUAAACAACAUCUGCUGAAUUUGCUCUCAUCUCUUUUCGACGCUUUGAAAACGUUGUAUACAAUCGGGAGAUGACCAUCAAAGUCUAACAUUGAGAUAAAUUUGGAAGAACUAAUGCUGAGAUCAAUUUUUCCACGGUUGGUUGCGAGCAAACGGGUGCUUGCUAUGAAUUGUUCAUCACAUCGAGAAUUUGUUAUGGAAGAACUUGAGGUGCAUCAUGACCAUGAAAACUCUAAAUUCUGCAUCAAGCUUGAUGACGAAAAUGAGGCUGUGUUGGUGUAUGAAAAGAAGCAAGGUAUGAUAGACAUGUAUCACACUGAAGUUCCAAUGGGUUACACUGGUAGAGGGAUAGCUGGAUUGCUAGCCAAGGCUGCUUUUGAUCAUGCAGUUGAGAAAGAAAUGAAAAUGAAGUUGACUUGCACGUAUUUGCAUAACUAUUUGCAUAAUUCUUUGAAAGACGACACAAAAGAAAAGUACUUGAAAUUCGUUAUUCAGUAGUUCUCAGUUUCGUUGAUAGAUGGCUCUUACUGCGAAUGUUCCGCACAUCUUUCAACCUCGAAAUCAAGAAAAAUACACUUUAUUUUCUUUGAAA